CCUGUAACAAUGGUUCAACACAGCUCCAGAUGCCGCCUCGAAUAUCCAGACCUCGGUACAUGGUGCUGGGGUCCAGAUAACUAGUUCAACACCCACCUGCAUGUACUUUAGACAGCGCCGAUGCAUGUGCCGCAAAUCCUCAACUCUAUCGUGCAUCAUGCGUAUGCAAAGGACAUUCGCUAUCACUUCCCAGCAUCCGCUACACCUUGGCACAGCUGCUGAUAGUCCAAAGCAUCCAAAGUGCUGUUCUGGCCCAGCCGAAAAACCAAUAUACAAGUCCUGUGUACACCCUGGCUUCUAUCAGCUUCCGUGCAGACCACCAGGACAUGCCAUUCCCCCGCAAGACAAGGGGCCUACGCCCAACCAUCCCUCGUGUUGAUCUGGCGAGCAUCCGAAUGCGAGUCUAUCACCCUGCGCUGGUCUUCUAGCCAGGCGCUUUUCAUACUGUGCGAUAUGACCCUGAUGAGCGUUAGCCAGUCGUUGUCGCAAGAGAACCAUGCCAUGACGGAUGUUGCACCACGCUUUAGCCAGAUUAGUUAUACGACUUUGCAUGGGCACCGUUCUUCAUUUAUCUACAAUGGUACACUUGCCCGUUGUGGUCAUUGACCAUGGAGGACAGUGGCGAAUUAGUCUUAUCAUCAGGAGAACUAUAUGAAGAGUGGGCUCGUCCACUGUUGAUCCAAAACACAUCAUCUCCUCCACUUCAGCACUGAAACUUGAAGUCAAGUCUUCAACAAUAGUAACUCUUAUCCACUCGUAGUAUACAUCUGGCUUAGAUUUCUAUCACAGGCACCAUGCAGUAUAGGCUGGUCUCAGCAUUUGCCGCUGGUGCGUUGUUCGCCAAUGUCAACGGCUUGCCUAUUUCCAACACUGUGAAUAGUCCUUCAGACGACAUUCAACUGGGGUCUCCCUCAACCGAGAUCACAUGGGGUAAAGAGAAACGUGACCCCACACCACCAACCUUCUGGCUCGGAAAGCCAUCGUCCACAGUCAUCUGGAGUAAGGAGAAGCGCGAUCCCACCCGUCCCGAUUCUUUCUGGCUGGGCAAGCCUACAUCGACAACGACGUGGAACAAAGAGAAACGCGAUCCUACUCGUCCCGACUCUUUCUUGCUGGGCAAACCCACAACAACAGUGACAUGGAGCAAGGAGAAGCGUGAGCAGGCUCAUCCAAAUGACGAUAUCCAACUCGGUCCUCCAACUUCGACCGUCGGCUGGAGCAAGGAAAAGCGCAACGAGCUCCCACCCAACAAGAUUGAGCUUGGCAAGCCUUCCACCGAGAUCACCUGGGGCAAGAAGAGAGACCAAGUAUCAUCGCCGCCAGAUUCCAUCAUACUCAACCCUCCCUCAUCAGAGGUAGGAUGGAGCAAGCGCGAACAGGCCCAGUCACCUCCUGAUGACAUCGACCUCGGCACUCCCUCGACGGGAAUCAUCUGGAGCAAGGAGAAGCGUGACCUCCCACCCAACAAGAUCGAACUGGGCCAGCCCUCGACCGAAGUGGGAUGGAACAAGCGCACCAGCAACGAGCUACCACCCAACAAGAUCGAGCUCGGCCAGCCUUCAACAGAGGUAGGGUGGAGCAAAGAGAAGCGUACUGAGCUCCCACCCAACACGAUUGAUCUCGGCAAGCCCUCGUCCGAGGUAGGAUGGAGCAAAGAGAAGCGUACUGAGCUCCCGCCCAACACCAUCGACCUUGGCAAGCCUUCUUCUGAGAUUGGCUGGAGCAAAGAGAAGCGCACUGAGCUCCCGCCCAACACCAUCGAUCUUGGCAAGCCCUCUUCUGAGAUCGGCUGGAGCAAGGAGUAAUUAGCUUAAAUGUUGAUCAGUUCCGUCCUUCAUUUCAACCUCUCUCCUCCUUCUUCCGUUUCUUAUGUAUCUUCCCUUUAGGCCUGUGUACGAAGCGAGUGAAAGGAUGGAUGGAUGGGGACUGUUGUCUUAUCCACUGGUUUGUACACUUCUCAUUCUCACUAGUUUGUUGUCUUUGUUGAUGUUUGUUGUGGAAAAGUAGAAAGGGGAGGCAAGGGUCGAUUACUUUGGUUCGUAAUGUCAUGUUCGUAGUCGCAAUAGCAUUUUAUUUUUUUCGUUACCUGAUGUUGCUGGUUUUCUGCUGGACCCGUGCUGUCCUGGACCAAAUGAUGACCACUGUUUUCACAGUGAGAUAGUAGACUCGGGUACAACGGCCCACUUUGAUGCGCCAUCACUCUUUCAAUAUUUGGGUAUGAGUGUAACAACAGGAUGCACUUUAAUCUCAAUGCAGAUGUUAGAAUCUAUCAGAUAAAGUUGGGUUAAUUAGUAUUUGUCUUUGCCUGCAGUUUUGUGUGUCAUAUUCUUCCGCUCCUUUGCGAGCCCCCCUUCUCUCUUUCCACGCCAUCCUCGAACAAGCUUGAUCAUAACGGAUGGCAAAUCUUCGUAUUUUACAUUCGAUGCAAUAUCUAAGCAAUGAUUCUCCAUGCGUUGCGCC